AUGGCUGAUCGCGAUGAAUGCAAGAGAUCCCUCCGAAGAUAUGAACUGGAAGCGUAUUCAUCGGUGGUUACGGCUCUCAGAGCUCAGGGAGACCUCAAUAAAGACAAACGAAAGAUACUUCAGGACUUGUGCUCAAUAAUAGUCACUCAAUUGGUCCUCAACUUCUUGUUCGGUGUCUAUUACGCCAAUCAACAGAUUACCGGAAUAAAUGAAUAUCGGGGUAAAGUGGCCAACAAUUGA